AGGAUAGAUAUGAGUGUGCAACCAUAUGAAAGUCAACGAUCUCAUCAUCUCUAUAAAGCAGCAUUUGGACUGAGUAAUCGAAGUUGACAACAAUUCCAAAUUCUCAAAAUCCUAAAAAAUCAGGUCAAAUCCACCAUGUUCUCAGAUCAAAAUCUUUACCACUAUAGUCUCCUUUCUCUCUUCCUAAUCGGACCACCAACUUUCCUUGCUUGUCACUUCCUCGCUGCCCCUUAUGGUAAACACAACCGCCCUGGUUGGGGACCCACCAUGUCACCACCAUUAGCUUGGUUUUUAAUGGAAAGUCCAACACUUUGGCUUACACUUCUCUUAUUCCCUUUUGGUAAAAAUUACACCAACCCAUUAUCCUUUAUCCUCAUUUCACCUUACCUUUUUCAUUACACUAAUCGUACCAUUAUUUACCCAAUUAAACUCUACUUCACUCGCCAGAAAAUCAAGAAUGGUUUACCGGCGAGUGGUUUUCCGGUGAGUGUUGCGUUGAUGGCUUUUGGGUUUAAUCUCUUGAAUGCUUAUGUGCAGGCUAGAUGGGUGUCUCAUUAUGCUGAUUGUGAUUCUAAUGAGUGGUUUUGGAUCCGGUUUUCCGGCGGAUUGGCGGUUUUUGCUAGCGGUAUGGUGAUGAAUGUUUGGGCUGAUAAGGUGUUGGUGGGCUUGAAGAGUGAAGGUGGUGGAUAUAAGAUACCAAAAGGUGGGCUUUUUGAAUAUGUGAGUUGUCCUAAUUAUUUGGGUGAGAUAGUUGAAUGGUUAGGUUGGGCUUUGAUGACUUGGUCUUGGGCUGGGUUUGGGUUUUUUCUGUAUACUUUUGCUAAUUUGGUACCUAGAGCUCGUUUUAAUCAUGAAUGGUAUUUGCAGAAAUUUGGAGAAGAUUAUCCUAGGAAAAGAAAAGCUGUUAUUCCAUUCUUGUAUUAAGUUUUUUAGGAGUGGAUGUGAUUAUGCAAUGUAAUGGCUUCUGUGAAUGUUAUUGUUUUUGGACUAUAUGUCUGUGGUUUACUUCGAUAUUUGACAUUUGAGCCUUCUCUAAUAUUUGAUUCAA